AGCGAAGGAGCGGCGCGUUCGUGCGACUCCUGUAGAUAUCUGCUCAACCUGUCAUCAACUCGUACUUACUUUGUCGAGAAGCCACGACUUCCCAUCGCCUCCGUCUCACCCUUUCGCGAGUUUCCGCCUGCAUCUGAGUCUCGUAUCUCCUUCGCGGUGAGCGCGCGGUUUCUCGUCGAGCGCACAAGAAGUUGCUCUCGACAACCUUAUAAAAAAAAUUAGCGGCAACCAAAACAUCCACCUCAACGCUGCGCAACCCUCUUGACUGAGCCUGUUGCAGCACACCCAUCACCGUAGCCGUCGUUUUCUUUCCCGCUUCGUGAUACCCCCUUAGACUCUUGUUCCUGUCUCGACUCUCAGCUUCCUAGUCGUCCGCCACAGCAGCCGCAAUACCAUGUACGGCUCCGGCCCUCAGACAGGUGUCUCGACACCACGCUCGCAGGCCUCACUCAGACCUCUUGUCAUCUCGCACGGCUCGCUGGAACAUGGCUUCCUCAUACCUACCGCCCUCCACUUCACCGCUACACAACUGAAGGAUGCUUUCGCCCAGACGCUACCGGAGCCCACUGACGAGCUCGCUCAAGAUGAUGAGCCUUCCUCGGUGCCCGAGCUGGUCGCCCGCUAUUUGGGCUACGUUGCCGAAGAGCUUGACGAGAGCGAGGAUCCUGAGAUCUACAGCGAGGUAUUGCGCAUCAUGCUCAACGAGUUCGAGCGCACCUUCAUGAGGGGGAACGAGAUCCACGCCGUGGCCGCAACUCUUCCCGGUAUCCCCCAGAAGAAGCUGGUCACUGUCAAGUCAUACUUUGCAGCACGGGCGGCCAUUAAUCGCGUCAUAAAGCCGCACGAGUCUGCCCUGUUUCGUGAGGCAGCUGACGGAAAUGCCCAUAUCUACGCCGUUUUCGGUGGGCAGGGGAACAUCGAGGAGUAUUUCGAUGAGCUGCGGGAGGUCUAUACCACGUACACAUGGUUCUUGGAAGAUUUCAUUUCCACGUCAGCUGCUCACCUCUUGGAGCUCUCAAGACAUCCCGAGGCCGUUAAGAUGUACCCUAAAGGCCUCGACGUACUUCGUUGGCUGCAUAAUAGCGAGUCACAGCCAGACACUGAUUACCUCGUUUCAGCGCCCGUCAGUCUGCCGCUGAUCGGUCUCACGCAGCUCGCACAUUAUGUCGUCACUGCGCGCGUUCUGGGCACACACCCAGGCCAUAUCCGGGACAAUUUCAGUGGAACGACGGGCCACUCUCAGGGCGUGGUCACAGCAGCAGCAAUUGCUUCGGCUUCGGAUUGGCCUAGCUUCGAGAAGGCAGCCAAGGAUGCGCUGACCAUUCUUUUCUGGAUUGGUUCCCGUAGCCAACAAGCAUUCCCUCGCACAUCACUUACACCGGCUGUCCUACAAGAUUCGGUCGACAAUGGCGAGGGAACACCAACGCCUAUGCUCUCCGUCCGUGACCUUCCCAUCAAGCAGCUGCAAGCGCAUAUCGACACAACAAACGAACAUCUGCCCAAGGAGCGUCACAUCGGAAUCUCGUUGGUAAAUAGCGCUCGCAACGUAGUGGUCACAGGCCCGCCCCUCUCUCUGUACGGUUUGAAUCUGCGUCUACGUAAGGUCAAAGCUCCGACUGGCCUCGAUCAGACCCGUGUCCCUUUCACCGAAAGAAAGGUGCGCUUUGUCAACCGCUUCUUACCAAUCACUGCGCCAUUCCACAGUCCAUAUCUUUCCGAGGCCCACAAGCUCAUUGAAGUCGAUGUCAAAGAUAUCAGGAUUCCCAGUAGCUCACUUGGUAUCCCCAUGUACGACACCAACUCGGGGAAGGACUUACGCGAAGAAAAACUUGACAACAUCGUCCCAUCACUCAUCCGCAUGAUCACACAUGACCCUGUGUACUGGGAACGGGCCACUGUCUUUCCGCGGGCGACGCAUAUCCUCGACUUUGGACCAGGAGGCAUUUCAGGUCUUGGCGUGCUCACUAAUCGUAAUAAAGAUGGUACCGGUGUCCGUGUUAUUCUCGCAGGUACCAUUGAUGGUACUAAUGCAGAGGUUGGCUAUAAACCAGAGCUCUUUGAUCGUGACUUCGAGCACGCAGUUCGGUAUGCUGCGGAUUGGGUCAAAGAGCACGGCCCACGCCUCGUCAAGACGUCUACAGGCCAGACGUACGUCGAUACAAAGAUGUCACGAAUGCUUGGCUUGCCUCCUGUCAUGGUAGCUGGUAUGACACCGUGCACAGUGCCCUGGGACUUUGUGGCUGCGACCAUGAACGCUGGUUUCCACAUUGAGCUUGCAGGUGGUGGAUACUAUAAUGAGCGUGGCAUGACCGAGGCCAUUAAGAAGAUCGAGAAAGCCAUUCCCUCCGGCCGUGGUAUCACUGUCAAUCUGAUCUACGUAAAUCCUCGCGCCAUGGGCUGGCAAAUUCCGCUACUUGCGAAGCUACGGGCUGAAGGUGUCCCAAUCGAAGGUCUGACGAUCGGCGCCGGCGUGCCGUCCAUUGAAGUUGCCAACGAGUACAUUCAAACUCUUGGUAUUAAACACAUUGCUUUCAAGCCUGGUUCCGUGGAGGCCAUCCAGCAGACCAUCAACAUUGCAAAGGCAAACCCCACAUUCCCAGUUAUUAUGCAGUGGACUGGUGGCCGUGGUGGUGGCCAUCAUUCCUUUGAAGAUUUCCAUCAGCCCAUCCUUCUGAUGUAUAGCCGUAUUCGAAAGUGCCCUAACCUUGUACUUGUGGCCGGCUCUGGCUUUGGCGGUGCUGAUGACACGUACCCCUACCUCACAGGUAGCUGGUCCUUGUCUUUCGGCUAUCCACCAAUGCCAUUCGAUGGUAUCCUGUUUGGAAGUCGCGUCAUGACCGCCAAGGAAGCGCACACGUCCAAAGCUGCGAAGCAAGCUAUCGUCGAUGCCGAAGGACUAGAUGACUCGGAAUGGGAGAAAACGUACAAGGGCCCCGCUGGUGGUGUCAUGACUGUGCGCUCCGAGAUGGGUGAACCGAUCCACAAACUCGCGACCCGUGGAGUUAAGUUCUGGGCCGAGAUGGAUGCCAAGAUCUUCUCGUUGGACAAGAAGAAGCGCCUUGAGGAAUUGAAGAAAAAUCGCGAAUACAUCAUCAAGAACCUUAACGACAACUUCCAAAAAGUUUGGUUCGGUCGUAACAAGGCCGGUGAAUCAGUUGAUCUUGAGGACAUGACGUACGCAGAGGUUGUGCGCCGCAUGGUGGAUCUCAUGUACGUUAAGCAUGAGAAGCGCUGGAUCGACAAGAGUCUUGCCAAGUUGACUGGCGACUUCAUUCGCCGUGUGGAAGAGCGCUUUGCCACCGAGGAUGGUGAUUCGAGCUUCCAGAGUUAUUCUGAGCUGGAUGAGCCAUUCCCUCUAAUUGAAAGCGUGCUCGCUAAAUAUCCGGAGGCCGAUAAACAGCUUAUCAAUGCUCAGGACGUGCAGCACUUCCUAUUGUUGUGCCAGCGACGGGGCCAGAAACCAGUUCCUUUUGUGCCUGCACUAGAUGAGAAUUUCGAGUUCUGGUUCAAAAAGGAUUCGCUCUGGCAAUCUGAGGAUCUUGAGGCUGUUGUUGAUCAGGAUGUCGGCCGCACGUGUAUCCUGCAAGGCCCUGUGGCUGUCAAGUACUCAAAGAUUGUCGAUGAACCUGUUCGUGACAUUCUCGAUGGCGUCCACUCAGCACAUAUCAGCUAUCUGACUCGAGACUUAUACGGAAACGAUGCAAGCAAGAUUCCCGUCAUUGAGUACUUCGGUGGUAAGACCAUCAACGCAGGGGAUGAGCUCGAGAUUGAAGAUAUGACGGCUAUUGAGACGGAUGAGAAGCUGCUCUACCGCUUGUCCAAUGCGCCAAACGCCACGCUUCCUCGCGUUGACCAGUGGAUGCAACUUCUUGCGGGUCGCUCGUACUCAUGGCGCCACGCAUUCUUCACCGCGGAUGCAUUCAUCCAAGGCCAGAAAUUCCAAACUAAUCCCAUGCAUCGCGUUUUUGCCCCCUGUCGAGGCAUGAAGGUCGAGAUCACACAUCCUAACCAGCCAUCCAAGACGACCAUCAGCGUUUGGGAGCCGCACAAUGGAUCUGGCAAGGAUGUCAUGACUGUCAAGGUCACCAUCUCUGCGAAGAAUGAGAUUCAGGUCGACCUCAUCGAGGAGCGAACUGCGUCUGGCAAGCCUGUUGCUUUGCCAUUCAAGUUCACGUAUCACCCCGAAGCAGGUUACGCCCCCAUUCGUGAAGUCAUGGAGGCACGCAAUGACCGCAUCAAAGAAUUUUACUACAAAGUCUGGUUCGGUGAGAAUGAAGUGGUGCCGUUUGAUUCCCCGGUUGACUCUCGCUUCGACGGUGGCCGAGCAACCGUCACCAGCGAAGCAAUCAACGACUUCGUCCACGCUGUUGGUAAUAAUGGUGAGGCGUUUGUAGAUCGUCCUGGCAAAGAGGUCUGGGCUCCGAUGGACUUCGCCAUAGUGGUUGGGUGGAAGGCUAUCACUAAGCCAAUUUUCCCGCGUGUCAUCGACGGUGACUUGCUCCGCCUUGUACAUCUAUCCAAUGGGUUCCGUAUGAUUCCCGGUGCAACUCCAUUAAAAAAAGGCGACGUUCUUGAUACAACAGCUCAGAUCAAUGCCGUCAUCAACCAGGACUCUGGCAAAAUGGUUGAAGUGUGCGGGACUAUCACACGCGACGGCAAACCUGUCAUGGAAGUUACUUCUCAAUUCUUGUAUCGGGGCGAUUACUCGGAUUUCGAGAACACAUUCCAGCGCAAGAAUGAAACGCCCAUGAAGAUCACGCUUGCCACGCAAAAGGAUGUCGCUAUUCUCCAGUCCAAGGAGUGGUUCCAACUCGAGAAUCCUGACAUUGAUCUUCUAGGCCAGACGCUCACUUUCCGUCUGCAGAGCUUUGUGCGCUUCAAGAACAAGACAGUAUACAGCAGUGUGCAAACCAUGGGCGAGGUGCUGCUCGAGUUGCCUUCCAAGGAGAUUAUACAAGUUGCCUCCGUGGAUUAUGAGGCUGGAGUUUCGCACGGUAACCCGGUUAUAGAUUAUCUUCAGCGCAACGGUUCGACCAUUGACCAAUCCAUCACCUUCGAGAACGCAAUUCCUCUGAACGGUAAAACACCUUUGACCCUGAAGGCUCCUGCUUCCAACGAGACAUAUGCACGUGUCUCUGGUGACUACAAUCCAAUCCAUGUUUCGCGUGCUUUUGCUAGCUACGCUAACCUCCCCGGCACGAUCACACAUGGAAUGUAUACAAGUGCAGCCGUACGCUCUCUGGUCGAGAAUUGGGCGGCUGAGAACCAGGUUGGCCGUGUUCGCAGUUUCCAUGCUUCCCUCGUCGGUAUGGUUCUACCAGAUGACCUUAUCGACGUCAAGCUACAACAUGUAGGAAUGGUAGCCGGACGCAAAAUGAUAAAGAUUGAGGCAAGCAAUAAAGAGACGGAGGACAAGGUCCUAAUUGGGGAGGCGGAGGUGGAGCAGCCAAGCUCCUCUUACAUUUUCACUGGACAGGGAUCACAAGAGCAGGGCAUGGGUAUGGAUCUGUACGCCAGUAGUCCUGUCGCUAAGGAGGUCUGGGAUCGUGCUGAUAAGCAUUUCUGGGACAACUAUGGUUUCAAGAUUACACACAUUGUUAAGAAUAACCCGAAGGAACUCACCAUUCACUUUGGCGGACCUCGCGGCAAGGCUAUCCGCCAGAACUACAUGGCCAUGACGUUUGAGACCGUCGGAGCUGAUGGCACCGUCAAGAGCGAGAAAAUUUUCAAGGAAAUUGACGAAAACACUACAUCCUAUACGUACCGCUCGCCAACUGGUCUACUAUCGGCUACGCAAUUCACUCAGCCAGCCCUGACGCUUAUGGAAAAGGCCUCCUUCGAAGACAUGCGGCACAAGGGUCUCGUGCAAAACGACAGCACUUUCGCUGGCCACUCACUCGGCGAGUACUCUGCUCUUGCAGCGCUCGCUGAGGUCAUGCCAAUUGAAUCUCUGGUCUCUGUCGUUUUUUACCGUGGUCUUACUAUGCAAGUCGCUGUCGAGCGCGACGAGCAGGGCCGUUCCAAUUACAGCAUGUGCGCUGUCAACCCCUCGCGCAUCAGCAAGACUUUCAACGAAGAAGCCUUGCAAUAUGUCGUUGGCAACGUCUCUGAGGUCACAGGUUGGUUGCUCGAAAUCGUCAACUUUAAUGUCGCCAAUCAGCAAUACGUUGCUGCAGGUGACUUGCGCGCUCUGGAUUGCCUGACAAACGUUCUCAACUUUUUAAAGGCGCAAAAGAUUGAUAUCCAGCAGCUGAUGCAAACUAUGUCGCUUGAUCAGGUCAAAGAGCAUCUAGUCGAGAUCGUCAAAGAGUGUGCCAAGCAGACGGAAGCGAAACCAAAGCCUCUCGAGCUUCAGCGCGGCUUCGCCACCAUCCCGCUUAAGGGUAUUGAUGUACCCUUCCACUCCACGUUUUUGCGCAGUGGUGUCAAACCUUUCCGCUCAUUCCUUCUUAAGAAGAUCCAGCGCACCAGCAUCGACCCGAGCAAGCUGGUUGGAAAGUACAUACCUAAUGUUACAGCUCGGCCCUUCGAGAUCACCAAGGAAUACUUCGAGGAUGUAUACCGUCUGACCAAUAGUCCAAGAAUCGGUAAUAUUCUCGCUAAUUGGGAGAAGUACGAACAGGACGGAUCAGCUGGCGUAGCAGGCCCUGGGAAGAUAGCCCCUGCAGCAUGAGCUUAUUCUUCGUCAGCCUAGAGGUAUGAAGAAUUUAAUGCGCUCGUACUCGAGCCUCGUGGAAGGGUGUGAGAGAAUUUUUGCUUUGCUGAACGACGUGUAAGGGCUCGUGUUUGGAGAUGGACAGGUCAGAAUGGUCUCAUGCUUUUGACUUUACUGAGACGGAUAGAUCCGGAGAAGAUAUUGUAUUAUUGAGUUUGGCGCAAUAGAAGUGUCUAUUAGUGGUUUCUUGUACUAUGAAGUGUAAGGGAGGGGUUCAAAGGCCCAAAUUUACUGGAUUUGCGUGCAAGUACGAGUAUAUGCUUUUUGCAAGCACAAGUUACCGUUUAUGAUUGGCAUUAUGUUAGCAUUCUUCAAUGAAUCCUCGCAGUGAGCUUUAAGCAGAUAUUUGCUGAAACGCGAGGCAUGACAUGAGUACAACGUCGGUGACGCAACAACCUAA